AUGGUAGACUACUCGAUCGCUUCGCUGGCCUACCUUAAGCUGGUCUUGCACGCAGCCAAGUUCCCCUCGUCGACUUGUGUCGGCCUGCUCAUCGGGACCGUCGCUGGAUCCUCCUGCACCAUCACCGACGCGGUACCGCUGCUGCACCACUGGACCAACCUCUCACCGAUGGCUGAAGCGGGUCUGGGACUCGCAGAACUCUACGCCAAACAGCAGCAGCUCGUCUUUCUCGGCUUGUACGUCGCGAAUGAGCGAUUAGGAAACCAGGCAGUCCCGAAUGGCGCGCAGAAGAUGGCCGAGGCGAUCAGGAGGGACAGACCAGAGGCGGUUGUGCUCGUCGUCGACAACGAGAAGCUGGCGUCAAACGAGCCGGCCCUCAUUCCCUACCUCCCGCCUAAAUCCCCCUCAGCAGCCUGGCAACCAACCACCCUCUCCUCCGCACGGAUAUCCCUCGCCGACUCCUCCGCGCCGACAAAAGCGCUCGAACAGGUUCGGCAGGGACGGCAUAAGCUGCUUGGGGAUUUUGAUGAGCAUCUGGAGGACGUACGGGUGGACUGGUUGCGGAAUGCGGCGGUGUCGGUGUAA